AUCAAUGCAAUGUCCUAAAAGAAUAGCUAUGCAAAAGUGUGUGUGUGUGUGUGUGUGUUCAGCAGUCCGACCAGCCAAUCAGCUGCUCAUGCAGAUGAAGCGCUGAUACCCUACGUCAGCCCCGCUGCCGCCUGUCAGGAUCAGAGCUCCACACACACGGGCAACUAACACACACAGAGAAACUUCUAAACACACACACACCCGCCACGCGUACACACGCAGCCACGGACACACACUCUCUCUCGCCUGUCUCUCUUUCACUGUGCAGCCGGACAGCAGUGCAGCCACCCGAAGACGCAUCCUCCAGCCGGCCACAGUUCCAGUCUUUGCCCGCUGUGACAGUGGACCUAACGUCGCCUUACUUUGUGGACAUGGGAGACAUGGGGGACCCGCCGAAAAAGAAGCGGCUUGUCUCUCUGUGCGUGGGCUGCGGGAACCAGAUCCACGACCAGUACAUCCUUCGGGUCUCUCCGGACCUGGAAUGGCACGCUGCGUGUCUCAAGUGCGCCGAGUGCAGCCAAUACCUGGACGAGUCGUGCACUUGCUUUGUGCGGGACGGAAAGACUUACUGUAAACGGGACUAUAUCAGGUUAUACGGUAUUAAAUGCGCCAAAUGCAACAUCGGCUUCAGCAAGAACGACUUCGUGAUGCGGGCCCGCACCAAGGUUUACCACAUCGAAUGUUUCCGCUGCGUGGCCUGCAGCCGUCAGCUCAUUCCUGGAGAUGAGUUCGCGCUGCGGGAGGACGGGCUCUUCUGCCGGGCGGACCACGAUGUGGUGGAGCGGGCGAAUCUCGGAGCCGGAGACCCCCUGAGUCCGCUCCAUCCCGCCAGACCGCUGCAAAUGGCAGCAGAACCAAUCUCGGCCCGUCAGCCUGCACUGCGGCCUCACGUCCACAAACAGCCGGAGAAGACCACCAGAGUUCGAACAGUUCUGAAUGAAAAGCAGCUGCACACGCUGCGGACAUGCUACAACGCCAACCCGCGCCCCGACGCACUCAUGAAGGAGCAGUUGGUGGAGAUGACCGGCCUCAGCCCGCGGGUCAUCCGGGUCUGGUUCCAGAACAAGCGCUGCAAGGACAAGAAGAGGAGCCAGUUGAUGAAGCAGCUGCAGUCCCAGCAGACGAGCGACAAAACGAACAUCCAGGGAAUGACGGGCACUCCGAUGGUGGCAGCCAGUCCGGAGCGGCACGACGGCGGCAUCCAGGCCAACCCCGUGGAGGUGCAGAGCUACCAGGCGCCGUGGAAGGUCCUCAGCGACUUCGCCCUGCAGAGUGACAUCGACCAGCCGGCCUUCCAGCAGCUGGUCAGUUUCUCAGAGGGUGGACCGGGUUCAAACUCGACAGGCAGCGAGGUUGCGUCCAUGUCGUCGCAGCUUCCAGACACGCCAAACAGCAUGGUAUCCAGCCCCAUUGAAGCCUAAAAUCAUCUUGGUGGACACGUGGAAAAUGGACUUAAGUGACUGGACAGACACAAACAAACACACACUGCUGUUCCAAACCUACUACGACCACCACCACCACCACCACCACCACCACCACCGCCACCCUUUCUAACAGACUGACCUGACCGAGCCCGCCUACCCUGGUUGCAUUUUGACACUGUGAAGACAAUCAUGGGAUUUUACCACAUUAGAACCAGAUCAUAAUAAUGUCCCACUGAGAGACAAUGAACAUGGACAUCCUGAGAGUGACAUCCUCAGAGUGUCUCCAUCUAUCCAUUCACUCAUUCAUACGUCAUUGUGGCACACGCCUGGUUAAAGUUGCCAAAAGAAGGAGAAAAUGAACAUUGGGUCCAUCGUCAAAUGGGAAAUGGGAAUAAGAAGCUGUGCAGGAUGUUGUGCAACUUGAAGACGUUUUCUAAAAACAAAACAAAACAAAAAAAAAAAACAAACAAAGAAAAUAAAUAAUGCACUUCAUCCUAUAAUAAGAUUGUUGGGAGAAAACAGCACUGCUUUUUCUUUGUGAAAUUCCCACCAACUCCCCUC